UAUUUUUAUUUAUUUUUCUUUCCCCAAUCAGUCAAUGAUUCCAUCAAUAUUCCAACAUUUAUUUCAACAAUUUUAUUCAUUUUUAUUUUUUAUUUUCCCAUUUUUCCAUUUAUUUUUUCCCUUUUCUUCUUCGCAAGGAUUGAAUGAUCCAAGUUCUCAUUAUGUUGAAGGAAGAUUAGGGGGAAGGAGAAUUUGGUGGUGCCCCUCUGGUUAUGGCUAUUUGGCUUAUUGUCCCCAACCUACAGAUUGGGAUAAUUAUAAUUGGUGUUGUACUUUCCCUUAUAUGGGCUCUUGGCAAGUUUUCUUUGCUUUUAAAUUUAUUUUUCUUGAAUUUUGGAGUCAUUAA